AUGAAUAAAUUCAUCGAUGUCAAGGUGUGCCCGGGGCCUGGCUUGUGGGAAACGGCCAUCCAGGAAUGUUCCAUCUUCGUGUUCGAGAAGCGGACGGCCGAAAAGCUGCACAAACCAAAGCGGAAGGAGACGGUUACGGAAAUUUUGCGAGCAUCCGUAAAGCAGCUGGAACGGUUUCGGCAUCCCAAGAUCCUGCAGAUCAUGCACACGGUCGAGGAGAGUUCGGAAACGCUCUCGUUCGCCACCGAACCCGUCAUCGCCAGCUUGGCCAACAUCCUGGCCUAUCAGGAAGCGGGCGGAACAAUUACGGGACCACCGAGCACGGGAGCAUCCGGCCAGCACUGCCCAACCACCAUCGCCCCGAACCGGCCGGCCCACGCGAAAGAGUACACGUUCCUGGACAUUGAGCUGAAGUACGGAAUCCUACAGAUCACCGAAGCACUAUCGUUCCUGCACUACUCCGGGCAAGUGAUACACAAAAACGUCUGCCCGUCAUCGAUACUGAUCACGAAAAAGGGCACCUGGAAGUUGGCCGGAUUCGAGUUUACCGAGCGCACCAACGAAACCGAUGCAACCGAUCCCGUACCGUGCCAACCCUGGUCGACCAGAGCCUCCAAGCUGGUGCAACCGAAUCUAGACUAUAUGGCGCCCGAAAUCCAGAUUAACAGUAGCUGCAGCAUACUGAGCGAUAUGUUCUCGCUCGGGAUGGUUAUUUGCGCCAUCUUCAACCACGGCCGCUCGCUGAUCCAGUCGGGCAAUUCACCCUCGACCUACCUGAAGCAGAUGGAACUGCUAGAUGAGGCCGUGCACAAUAUCCUACCGAGGAUACCGAUCCCGCUGCAGGAGGCAACCACAAGGCUAUUGAAGAAAUCACCCGGAGCUCGCCCGACGGCUCAGCUACUAACGCUCAUCAAGUACUUCAGCGAUCCGGCCGUCCAGGCGCUACAAUUUCUCGAUGUCAUCAACAUGAAGGACCCGACGCAGAAAACGCACUACUACCGGAGCACGCUCAGAGAAGUUCUACCGUUCAUACCGCGGAAACUCUGGUGGCAACAUAUCUGGCCUAAUCUGCAGCAGGAAAUGCGUGCUGAUGAAGUGCUGGCCGCCGUGUUGCAGCCCGCCCUCACCCUGGUCCAAGAAUCUUCAAACUCGGAAUAUGAAGCAAUCAUUUUACCUACCUUUAAGACUGUUUUUGUAGCUCCAAAAUCUAUACAAGCAACCGUAGCGUUAUUAGAGAACUUACACAUUAUUCUAGAGAAAACACCACGGGACGAUAUACGGACGGAAGUUUUACCCCUACUGUUCAACGCACUGGAAAGCACAACGAUACAGGUGCAGAGUGCAGCCCUGGUGGCGGUAACGAACGUGUACGACUAUCUGGACGACAUCACGAUCAAGAAGCUGGUGCUGCCGAAGCUAAAGUCGGUGUUCGAGAAGAACCAGAGCGAUCUGAAAAUCAUGGGCAACGUGCUGCAGUGCGUCGAACGUACGCUGGAUAAGCUGGAUAAGUCUCAGAUAAUCGAUGAGGUGCUGCCACUGCUGCUCGAGGUACGGCUCACCGAUCCGGACAUUGUGGUGCGCGUCGUCAACAUCUACCGGAUCAUGCUGUGUGACAAAAAGUAUGGCUUAACCGUGAACAUCAUGGCGACCAAGGUGAUGCCCACGCUGCUACCGCAAACCGUGAAUCCGUCGUUAAAUCUCGAACAGUUUAUGAUUCUUCUGGAGGUGCUUCAAGAAAUGCUGGACCAAAUAGAUAGACAACAACGUAACAAAUUGAAGCUGGACAAUCUAUCGCUCCCGUCGCCGGACCGGCACCGGCCGCUGCGGCAUCAGUUCUCGUCCGACAACAUGAACGCGCAGCAGUUCAACAUACCGAACCUGCGCAUCGACCAGCGCAAAACGUCGAGCGCCGAGGAUAUGGCACGCAAGAACUCGACAGGUACCCGAAGAGGAUCGGGUGCUCUAGGUAGCUGGUGGUUCGGCGGUUCGCCGUCCUCGCCGGACAGCAACUUCCUGCGCGUGGUGAACGCGUUCCCGAACCGCCGCCUGUCCGACAACACGCUCAUGACGCCGAAAAUACGCAUCGCGCCAUCUUGUGCUUCGUCUCCGGGUGGAACCCCGGGCGGAGGGCUACCGAUACGACGACAUUCGAGCAUUGGUCCGCAGGAACGACGAGGCUCCAACAUCAAUCUGUCACCGCCGACUCUUGCACGGAGCAUGAUCGGAGGCUCGAUGCCGAACACUUCGAGCAGUGUUCCGUUCCUACUGUCGUCGAGCAUGCAAUCGAUCCGGAGCCGUCGUACCUCGACCGUGCUCUCGUCCGGACCGCUCGGUUCCGGUUCCGGUCUGCUCCAACAGCUCGGUUCCGGCAUGCGACAGCUGUACGCAUUAAUGACCAAAGAUAGAUUCACGAUCAGCAGUAAUAGUAGCACACAGCAGGCACCGCCCAAACCGCACGCACCACUGUCAGCAUCCGCCACGGCUCUCAACACCGCAUCCACUGCAUCCACCGGCAGCGCUACUACGCUCACCGUCGGCACCAUUAAGCUCACCAGCGGUGGAAUCGCCACCAUUACCAAUAAUGCAAGCAUUCCCGCGUCCGGUCCGUCAAGCGCGACGACCGGCCUCGUAGCUUCGACCGGUCCGCAGGGCUCCACAACAUCGCUUACCAUCGCGGGCCAGUUCCCCAAAUGUCCAUCGCCGGGCAGUACGAUCGGUACCGUCACGCUGGGGACGACCCGAUCGGUUAGCAGCACACUGAGUGCGUCGAACAAUGGGGUACAUCUGAGUGGGAGCACGUUUUCGACCUCGCUUUCGAAUCGUAUCACGGCGCAGGUACCGCCACCGACGACACUACCGAUCGGGAGUAUGGCCGCACGGUCACCUACCUUCGGAGCGAGUGCUCACCGUUAGUGAGGAAGGAAAAUGGUGUUCCAUUCCUUGAGCAGAUUCUUACAGAGCUUAUCAAUAUUGCCUUUAGCAUGAUGUUUACAUUUCCGCAUAGCAAGUAUCAGCUUCCAUUUAAGAAUAGUUAAAGUUUGCCAAAAAUACAUUUUUUAGUAAAAUUGUAUCUUGAGUUACACACACGCCUGAAAGUAUGCAAUUUUUUAAAUUAUCAGACUCUCUGGCUAAAGCUAGGAAAACUAAACAACCUAAUGUAUGUAUUAAUAAAAAAAAUCUAUCUUAACUUUAACAAAUAGCCCUUUGGGGAGAGUGAUGGAUUUUGCAACUUAGCUCUAAGCUCUAAGCAAAAUGGAAUUGGGGGUCUAGUAACUCACUGAUUCCGUUGCUUGGAAGGGAUGUUCGCUUUGUGCGUUCGGGGCUCCUUGCGAAUUCGAAGUCCCCUACGGCCGUUUAGUCAGCGUAUCGUUAAACGCACCACCGUCAGUGGAUUAAAUUCUACGCCUUCCAGAAAAAUGAUACCAUACCUUACUGGUCAGCUGUAUCACAGAUAGUUAGCUACUCGACUACCCCAGUCGGUUUUCAGUUCUUUUGAGGCUUAAACGAACACCAAGUACUUCAUCUUUGCCCUUAAACAUUUUGG